CAGUCGCUGCUACAAGCGAUUAUUCAAGGCGUGUGAUGCAAAAGCGUCUUCCCCUAUGAGUCAUCUGUGAUCUGUUUCGGUCUCCCAUUGAGUGUGUGUGUGUGCCCCUCUGAGAUCCGCUGCAAUCUGCCAGCCCAAUAGGUAGGUGGGAGCGAUCAGGGAGGGCAGAUAGCGGCUGCCAGUGGGAGUACAUUGGGAUCUGCUUGAGAGAAGGAGCAGUUUCAGCUUUCAGCACCGCGGAGAGUUCCAGCCCCUCAGCCCUACUGCCACCUGCCCGGCCCUCCGGCUCUUGUUUCUCUCCUCUGCUGCUCUAAGGGCUCCAUCUGCUGCCCUAUACCUGCCCGGCCCUCCGGCUCUUGCUUCUCUCCUCUGCUGCCCUAUACCUGCCCGGCCCUCCGGCUCUUGCUUCUCUCCUCUGCUGCCCUAUAGCUGCCCGGCCCUCCGGCUCUUGCUUCUCUCCUCUGCUGCCCUAUACCUGCCCGGCCCUCCGGCUCUUGCUUCUCUCCUCUGCUGCUCUAUACCUGCCCGGCCCUCCGGCUCUUGUUUCUCUCCUCUGCUGCCCUAUACCUGCCCGGCCCUCCGGCUCUUGCUUCUCUCCUCUGCUGCUCUAUACCUGCCCGGCCCUCCGGCUCUUGCUUCUCUCCUCUGCUGCCCUAUAACUGCCCGGCCCCCCGGCUCUUGCUUCUCUCCUCUGCUGCCCUAUACCUGCCCGGCCCUCCGGCUCUUGUUUCUCUCCAUCUGCUGCCCUAUACCUGCCCGAUCCCCCCGGCUCUUGCUUUUCUCCUCUGCUGCUCUGGGGGCUCCAUCUGCUGCUGAUUUCUAUGCUCCGGUCCAAGCCAUUUUGCAGCCACCACCUCGCUGUCAGUUGGCUUCUCACUUCGGGGCUGUGAGAUCGGGCACUCGGAUGGCUUCUCCUGGCUCCGGAUUUUGGCCCUUCGGGGCAGAAGAAGGGAAUAAAGAAGCUGAAAACCCCGGUACAGCCAAGGCUUGGUGCCAGGUCGCCCAGAAGUUUACAGGAGGAAUCAGCUCGAAAUUGUGUUCUUUACUCUAUGGAGAGGGAGAGAGAGCUCCGGGCUCUGUGGGCAAGAAUGAGAAGGAUGAGCUGGGCUCAGGGGAGAGGGGAAUGGCAUGUAACUGUGACACAAAGGCUUGUGGCUGCCGCAAGGGAGAAGCCAAUUUCUCCUUAUUAUACUCUACAGACCUGCUCCCUUCUAAAAACGGGGAAGGGGUAACGAUGACUUUCCUGCAGGACGUGAUAGACGUUUUACUGCAAUAUGUCGUGCAAACUUUCGACAGGUCCACAAAAGUGAUUGAUUUCCAUUAUCCCAACGAACUGCUACAGGCUUAUAACUGGGAGCUCUCGGAACAGCCCCAGUCCCUGGAUGGGAUCCUGCUGAACUGCAAGACCACCCUCAAAUAUGCCAUUAAAACUGGGCAUCCUAGAUACUUCAACCAGCUCUCAACUGGGCUUGACAUGGUUGGAUUAGCUGCAGACUGGUUGACCUCAACUGCCAAUACAAACAUGUUUACCUAUGAAAUCGCACCUGUUUUUGUCCUUUUGGAAUAUGUUACAUUAAAGAAAAUGAGAGAAAUGAUUGGAUGGCCCGGAGGAAGUGGCGAUGGAAUAUUCUCACCUGGUGGUGCCAUAUCUAACUUGUAUGCUAUGUUGAUUGCACGUUUCAAGAUGUUCCCAGAGGUUAAAGAGAAAGGAAUGGCAGCAUUACCCAGACUGGUUGCCUUCACAUCAGAACAUAGUCACUUUUCAGUUAAGAAAGGAGCUGCAGCCUUAGGGAUUGGCACGGACAGUGUGAUCCUUAUCAAAGCCGAUGAAAGGGGGAGACUGAUACCAUCGGAUCUUGAAAGACGAAUUAUCGAAGCCAAACAAAAUGGCUAUGUUCCAUUCUUCGUUAGUGCUACUGCAGGAACUACCGUUUAUGGAGCAUUUGACCCCCUAGUAUCUAUCGCUGAUAUUUGCAAAAAGUACAGGAUUUGGAUGCAUGUAGAUGCUGCAUGGGGUGGCGGAUUAUUGAUGUCAAGGAAGCACAAAUGGAAGCUUAAUGGAGCUGACAGGGCUAAUUCUGUGACAUGGAAUCCACACAAAAUGAUGGGAGUUCCACUGCAGUGCUCGGCAUUGCUGGUCAGGGAAGAGGGGCUGAUGCAGAACUGCAAUCAGAUGCACGCUUCCUACCUCUUUCAGCAAGACAAACACUAUGACCUUUCGUACGACACGGGAGACAAGGCUUUGCAAUGUGGGCGCCAUGUUGAUAUUUUCAAGUUGUGGCUAAUGUGGAGAGCAAAAGGAACAACUGGAUUUGAGGCUCAUAUUGAUAAAUGUCUGGAGCUGUCAGAAUAUUUGUACAAUAAAAUAAAGAAUAGAGAAGGCUAUGAAAUGGUGAUCGAGGGAAAGCCCCAGCACACAAAUGUAUGUUUCUGGUAUGUACCACCAAGUUUGCGUAACAUGGAAGACAAUGAAGAAAGAAUGAAUCGGCUUAGCAAGGUUGCCCCUAUCAUCAAAGCCAGGAUGAUGGAGUACGGAACCACAAUGGUCAGUUAUCAGCCACAUGGAGACAAAGGAAAUUUUUUCCGCAUGGUUAUCUCUAACCCAGCAGCAGCGCAUCAAGACAUUGAUUUCCUGAUUGAAGAAAUCGAGCGCCUUGGGCAAGAUUUAUAAAAUUUCCCGUAGGCCAUUUCCAAGUCUAUAGGUACACAAUGGAGUUCUCUCAACUGUGUGAAUGUAUUUGUAGUGUGUUCCAACAAGUAAUUCGAUAUUGUGUCGUAGAAACCUGAAUAUAGUUUUAUUGGAGAAACAUUGCUCCUGUAAUGGUCUUGCAUUUUAGGUUUUCACUUUAUUGGCCGUAGGUUUGAAUCAUUGAAGCAUCUAGAUAAUCUACAACUUGUAUGUAACACAAAAUAACUGCUGAAGUACCUUAUAUGAUUGUGCCAAAUGUAUCAAAACAGUAGACUUUAAAGAAUACUUCAUGGGGGCAAUACAAUUUUAGGAUCCAAAAUGCCAUAUUUGCUGCCUGGAAAAUUGCAUUGCCUUUCUUAGUAUUUAGAUGGGAUUUCUAAUUUACAUUUGAUAUAUUUAAGACAUAUAAUUUUACUAAAGAGAAUAUAUAUAUAUAUAUCGAUAUAUUGACUGAAGAUAUUUUGUAAAGUAUAGAUUUUAUUUUGUAUCAGUUCUGUACCUGUUCUACAAAGAGAUAACAAAAAGGCAUAUGAAUAAGAAAGAACAUUAGGGGUUAUUAAAUCCUAUCCUGAAACCCUGAGAAGGCGAAAUGAGUUUAGGCUGCAACUUUAUUUUAAACUUAGAUGCACGUUCGGGAAUCAUCAACAGCAGUACCUGAAAUUAGGCUUAUGUUAUUGUGAUUAGAAAAGUUCCAACAAGAAUAUAUUGAUUGGGCUAAUCUAUUACCACCGGGAAAAUUUGGACCUGGGCAGUUUCCCAAGGAAACCAAUCAGAUAUUUGUUUUCAUGCAUUACCUGCAACUGGCUGCAAAAAGUUACUCACUUAUUGGUUGCUGUUACUCUCCAGGUGCAAAUGUGCCCAAUGUUGAUUGGGCCCCAUGACAAUACCACCUUCUGAAUAUCUCUAUCAUUGACAUGAUUUCCGUAGAUUACAAACCCUGCGUGCCCUAAGCCUGCAGUAUUGUGAACAUGCUAACAUAUUGCAGCUCUGUUAUUUUAGCUGUCAUUGUUGGCUCUAAACUUCUCAUGCAAAAUAGAUGGGAUCAUCAUAUGCUUCUUUAGGUGUUAUUUUAAAACUUCAAAUAUAGUAUAGCAUUGGCACCAGAAGAUUUCUCAUAGGAGGAUGAAAAUCUUUUCUCAAACACUGGCACAAUGGGACUUAUAUAUUAGUUAUAUAUAUAUAUAGUUAUUUUACAUAUAUAUAACAAAGUUCAAAAACCUAUGGCCUUUCUCAAAGGAACAAACCAAAACCAAGCCAUUGAGAAACAACCCCUUGGGAAAAGGUCACAGUUGGCGACCAAAUAUAUAGGUAUGAGUGUCUGCACUCUAUCAUAGGUUUUAACUAAAGGUGCACAGUCAAAAACAUGCAAUAUAUUUACAAAACGUUAUAUUUAUAUAUAUAUAUAGAGAUAGAUAUACAUAGAUCCAUAUAUAUAUAUAUAUAUAUGUAAAGUAACUAUAUAAUUCUUGCAAGAAACCAAGGAUGCUCUAUAUACACACAACUUACUCUUGCCUGCCCUAAACAAAGCCUACAAAGCAUUAGGCAAUACCCAUACAGCACCAACAUCUAUUCCCCUUACCCAAACCACUGUAUGUGAAUAUCAUUUAUUUCAAAUCCACCAUAUUCUUUUAAACAGACACAUUUAUAAAAGAUAUCAAAUUUGGAUCCAUAGAGAAUUCAACGCCCCUCUACCCUUGAUGUUUAAACCAUGGUUAGUAGGUAAUAUUUUCAUGAGCAAAUGGGAUCUGUACCUCCUUUACAGGUCCUGGAAGCUCAUUCUGUGUAGUAAGCAGUCCAUUUAUCAUACAGUGUUAAACAAUGAAUGCCAAAAAAUGGUGGAAAAAGCUGUCUAAGAUAAAUGGUGAAUUUAUCCAGGUUUGGCCAACGCUCCCAUUUGGGGCCAUUAUUUUUCACCACUUCAGACCUUGUGUAAUCCCUGUAAGUCAAUGAGAAAAAUGAUAUUGUCAACUCUUGAUGCCUGGGGAUGUGUGGUAUAUUUGGUUGCUGUUUAUUUGCACAGCAUGGUAAAUAGACCCCCAAGUGUACACUCAGGCAAAUCCAAGUUACAUGCUGGCCCCUCACAUAUUAUUAUAGCAGGUCGGAGCUACCGUGCUUAUUGCUUUGUUCCUUGUUUCCCCUGAACAAAAGAGCGAGGGGUUAAACUGCUUUCAGGCACUCGGAAGAUGCAAAGCUUGAGCGCAGCAGCUGAAUUCCGCUAAUUUCACUUGAUUGCUAUUAAUUUCUUUGCUGCAUUGUUCUCAGGAGGAAGCGCCAAUAUUUGAUUAGAGGUUCUAUUUGUUGAACGCUUCCUCGCCUUUUUUCAUAACCAGAAAGAGCAAUGGAACUGCAAAGUAACAAAAAAAAAAGAAAAUCUAGAGGUAUUUAUUUCAUUUUUACAAAUGAUAAAACACAUUUUGACUCUGUAGUCUUUUUUUUGACUAUUCCCAGCUUCAUGUGGUGCAUUAUCUAAGAUUUCUGGAUAUUUCUAAACACUUGAGAAAUUGUAGCAAGCAAUUAAAGCCAUUACACUCAUUAUGGAAGAGCAGUAAUUGCAAGGGAGUCUGGGAAGCUUGUGAAUGUAGACUGUAUGUAGAUGUGCGCUUCCAUCGGAAUAAUAACGCUCGUAGGCCGUCAGCCUUUCCGACACCAAAGCCAAAAAUGUACCUGUGUUCUUUGUAUUAUUACUGUGCCCAUAAUGGAAAGUGUCAUUCUCAAGAAAAAUUAGACACAAUGGCUGCAUGCAUGGCCGCUCCUGCGUCUCUGUGCUCUAGUCUGGUUUCAUUUGGAAGCUUUACAUUACAUCGGCGUUGGCCUGUUGAGUUCAGCGGCUCCAAGCGAGUGCUGUGUGUAAUUAUGUUAUUCUUUUGAACAACGUACGCGGUGUUGAUCUCAUGUCACACAGAUGUGAAUUAAAGGAAGAAAACAAAUCUGUCUGUAACUGUGUUGCCUUUAUUAUAUUUAAUAUUAACGUCUUGUCACCUCAGAUUGAGGUUGUGUACAGUGUUGCAGUUCAACAUGUGUUGUUGUAAAAGCUUUGUACAAUAUAUUAUUGAUAUGUAUUUUUGUGUAACAGUAAUAUUCAACGUUGUCGUUGUGGAAACUGCUUUUCCAGAUCUCAGACCAGAAUCUUUUCCUAUAAAAAUAUACCCCUCCCCCUUUUUUCCUGGAAUAUUAGUAUAAAAUUAAAAAAAAAAACUGUCAAUUUUUUUUUUUGUGAAAUGAAUUUACGGUUCUGGACAGAUCCGUUCUUUACUGUCCUGUGAGCUGAACCAAAUGCUAUUGGAUUACUGAGAAUGCUUAUGCCUGUCUGAUAGUGUUAUAGGCUUAUUUUUUAAUGUAUAAAUCUGUUCUUUAUUCAGAUAAGUCAACUAAUCUCCUAUCGUUGGUGAGAUAAUGAUCAAGCUCUGGAUUAUUUAACACCGUUAGGGUUGUGACAUAUAAAUAUUUAUCAUGUUAAUCACAAAGCCAUUACAGGGGCUUCUCCUUCACCUGAACGAGAAAUGCACUGUCUAUGCCAAACACUUUGGUUAGUUUGGGGUUUUACCCAGGAAUGUGUAAGUAAUGGAAUCCAUACAGGGGCAGAUAAAAGACCAAUUUGGCAACUAUUUGGCACAUGUACAGGCCUCCUGAUGGCCUGUUUGACCAAUAACUGGCCAAAAAUUGGCAUAUCCAUGUGGUUCUCUCCCUGUUGGUGUCCCUUGGCCCCCAUUAUGAUUAUAUCAUUGACCAGGGGGAUUAGCUAUCAACCAUCCAAAGUUGAUGGUGUGUUGAUGGCCAAAUCAAGUAAAGUUACGGUUGUUUUGCAACCUCACCAAACAAGCUCCACCAAGUCAGCUUAAAGCCUGCCUUGCAUGAAUAGAUACACACACUAGUUGAGGUUGUCAAACAAGGGAACCUACAUGAUUUGAUGUCAACACUCUUUCAGGAACACUGGAAGCCCAUAGAUGGGCCAAUUAGCUGCUGACUUGGUCUGGAGGGGUUGGGAUGAUGGCUACUUUGUGUCAAAACACUAAAUGGCAAAGAAUAAAUAGUUUAGUAUUACCAGGGCUGAAUGUUCUCACUCACUGAUACCUUGGAGUCAGCUGACAUGUCUGUUUCCAGAAUAAGCUGUUAUAAAAAUUGCAUAACCUUUUUUUGUUUCUGUUUUUAUUGGUUAAUAGGAGCAAUCACUUUCUUCUACCAAUUACAUGUGUUAAACUACAGUAUUGUAUUUUAUCAAUGUCGUCUCUUUGGAAAUGAAUAAAGAUCAACAGAUGGUGUGACAUUGU